AUAAAAAUUCUCGUAUCGGACGGCGUGUCCUGGUGUUGCUUUCUUCUGCUAGCCCUAGUGGUUUUCUUCACUCGAUCUUGGUCCUGGGAGAAGGGAAACCCGAAACGAUUAUCUCCUCCAUGAUUUCUCAUAUGGGGAUAUAAUUAUUGUUGCUAUUGUGUUGCCCCAAAUCGAGUGAUCGCAUCCAUCUUCUGGUCUCCGUUAAUCGUCGAUAGAGAAAGCCCUUCUCCCAUCUCUAGUGAUUUUUGGUAUUCUUUGAGGUGACGACUGGUAGCCCCUUUUUUCCCAUGUUGUAGGCUGGCGUUCUUUUAGGUUUUCGGGUUUUCUUCUGAGGUGGUCGUUCUAGGGUUUCUCGUUCCGUUUCUCAGUGGAUCGACGAUCUUCCUUUUGAUUCUUGCCCUGAACUUUCGCAAGACACUGAAAAUGACCAGGCAAUCAUUAAAAACUACAGAAAAAGCCAUCAAGAAGACGAAAGAUAGAAGGAUUUUGCCCAUCACCACCUCCUCAUCAUGCACGGGCAGCACCUGCAAUGGCUGGCCGCUGAAACGAAAAUGAAACCCCAUUUUCCAUAUCUUGGUUGAGAGCCCUAACAGACGGAGAACGUAAAAGGGGUGCCGAACCCUCUGGUGGAUCUGUUGCUGCUAAUAAAGUAUAUGCGUUAUUUGUUUAUAGGAGGUAGUGGAGAAGGAAGGGAGAAAGAGAAUGUCGAGACUGGCGGUGGUUGUGUACCACGGGAACACCCUGCUUGGGGAGGCGGAUGUGUAUCCACAGAACGAGAGAUUUGAGGCGAUGGAUGCGUGUAAGAAAGAAAUUAGGAUUACCCGUUUCUCCCCUCCGAGCGAGAGGUGUCCUCCUUUGGCAGUGCUUCACACCAUCUCGUCUUGUGGGGUCUGCUUCAAAAUGGAGUCCAAGUCCCAAGCGCAGGAUUCGCCACUUUUUUGCCUCUACAACACCUGCCUCAGAGAGAACAAGACUGCAAUUGUGCCACUUGGAGAAGAAGAUUUGCAUUUGGUGGCCAUGCCUGCAAGGAACAAGCUUCAACAUUCUUCUUACUUCUGGGGAUUUGGUGUAUCAUUGAGGUUGUAUAGUGCUUGUUUGAGCAUGCUGAACUUAAGGUGCCUGGGCAUUGUGUUUGAUCUCGAUGAAACACUCAUAGUUGCUAAUACAAUGCGUUCAUUUGAGGACCGAAUUGAAGCCCUUCAACGAAAAAUAAGUAGCGAGUUAGAUCCACAGCGGAUUGCCGGUAUGCUUGCAGAGGUCAAGCGUUAUCAGGAUGACAAAACAAUUCUGAAACAGUAUGUGGACAACGACCAGGUUAUUGAGACUGGGAGAGUGGCGAAGGUUCAACUGGAGAUAGUCCCACCUAUAUCUGAUAACCAUCAAUCAAUUGCUCGGCCAAUUAUAAGAUUGCAUGAAAGAAAUAUCAUUUUGACCCGCAUUAAUCCAUUGAUACGUGAUACUAGUGUUCUUGUUAGACUGCGACCAGCAUGGGAAGACCUUCGAAGCUACUUAACUGCAAGAGGACGUAAACGGUUUGAAGUUUAUGUUUGUACAAUGGCUGAACGUGAUUAUGCUUUGGAAAUGUGGAGGUUACUUGAUCCAGAAUCACAUUUGAUAAAUUCUAAAGAACUUUUGGACCGAAUAGUAUGUGUCAAAGCAGGUUCGAAGAAAUCACUGCUUAAUGUAUUUCAAGAUGAAAUAUGCCAUCCUAAGAUGGCAAUGGUGAUCGAUGAUCGGUUGAAAGUAUGGGAUGAUAAAGAUCAACCUCGAGUUCAUGUUGUCCCUGCAUAUGCCCCAUACUAUGCUCCUCAAGCAGAGGCAAGCAAUGCUGUUCCAGUUUUAUGCGUUGCAAGAAAUGUUGCGUGUAACGUUAGAGGUGGCUUUUUCAAAGAAUUUGAUGAUGGUCUACUACAACAUAUCUCUGGUAUACUUUAUGAAGAUGACUUUGCAGACUUGCCAAAUGCGCCUGAUGUAAGCAACUACCUAAAUUCAGAGGAAGAUUCUUCUCUAUCAACUGGAAAUAAAGAUUUACCCAUUUCAGAGGGACUGGUUGAUGCCGAAGUCGAGAGAAGAUUCAAGGAUACAAAUAUGGCUGCACCUGCUGUUUCUGUCUCUACUAGCAACCUUGAUUUAAGAGCACAAUCUUCUCCACUUGUUCUGGCUGCUGCUUCUAACAUUGUGCCAGAAACAUCUUCCCAAGCUUUUUCACUUGGUAGCCAGUAUGCAAAUACGUCACAAAAACCUGCAGACCAUGUCAGUUCAGAGUCUAGUUUGCAAGGUUCUCCUGGCAGAGAGGAGGGAGAGGUCCCUGAAUCUGAACUGGACCCUGACACACGUAGAAGGCUACUUAUCUUGCAACAUGGUCAGGACAGUCGGGAGCAUGCUGCGCCUGAUCAUCCUUUUCCAUUGAGGCCCUCUAUUCAUGUUCCUGCUCCAUUGCCACAAUCACAUGGAAGCUGGGCUGGUAUGGAGGAAGAGAUGGCCCCAAGAUAUCUUUCCAGAAAUCAAAGGGAUUAUCCUAUAGAGCAUGAAGCUUUUUCUGCACACUUCCAUCAACCAUUGUUUUAUCAUAGUGAGGAAAAUUCAAGUUCUUCUGAUAAAUCCUCAUAUGAGGCUCAGACAUUGUUAAAAGAGGCACAAUUUGGAGAUGAUCGCCCAGCGCAAAAUGGUUCACACUUGAAUAAUGCGCCCUUUGCAGAGAUACAACAGGGUUUUGGACGAGGAAAUUUUAACUCAAGGGAUAUUCAUUUUGAAGCUGGUCGAUUUUCUUCCCACAACCCAUCAAGUCCCCUUGCUGCUCUCCAAGAGAUAGCAGUAAAAACUGGGGAAAAGUUGGACUUCAAGCCAUCAUUAAAUACAGCAGUGGAUUUGCGGUUUUCCUUUGAGGUGUGGUUUGCUGGCCUGAGAAUUGGUGAGGGAAUUGGCAGAACAAGAAGGGAAGCCCAGCUACUGGCUGCAGAGGAAUCUCUUAGAAAUUUAGCUAAUAGAUAUAUAUCAAGCAUCUCCUUGGAGACAGGAGCCCUGCAUGGGGAUUCAAACAAGAUUUCUCAUGGAAAUGAAAAUGGUUUUGUCAAUGAUACGAGAAGCUCCUUUGGUUAUCUAGGAUCAUCUAGGGAGGACAUGCCAAUUGCAAGUACUUCUGAAAACUCCAGUUUUCUGGAUCAGAGGCCUGCGGGCUCUCUAAGGUCGGGUGCUGUCUCUUGUCUUAAGGAAUUGUGCAUGAUGGAGGGCCUGCAUCUAGUUUUUCAAGAGCAGCCUUCACUUUCAAUUGAUGCAACCAGUGGUGCACAAGUAUCUGCACAGGUCGAAGUAGCAGGACGGGUUGUAGGCAAGGGAAUUGGCUCAAGUUGGGAAGAAGCUAAGCAGCUGGCUGCUCAAGAGGCAAUCACAACUUUGAAGUCUUCAUCAUUUACUCAGCGAUCACAGAGGCGGUUAAGCUCUCCCAGGUCCUCUUAUAGCGUUCCAGUGAAACGGAUGAAGCCAGAGUAUGUCCGAGGAUCCAGUCGAGUUUCACCUACUUCAAGAUACUCCUCCAAGAAUGGGCCUCCUGUUUCCUGACGAUACUGAUCCCUCUUUUUUGUUCUUCUGGGAACCAGAGCACAGCCAAAAGCCCAAAACUCCUGCAAUCUUUGUUGCCUGCCGACGAAGGCGCCUGACUGGUUAGAGGUGGAUUCUAAUCAAUAAAAUCCUCGGGCGCUGAGAGUUGAAAUGCUGUAACCCAGUUGUGGGUCCGGGGCUUUAUGCAUGUGCCUCAGUUUCUCAUCUAGCUGAGCUUAAUUGUGAAGAAGAAAGCUGCUUGAGAAACAGUGGUGAGUGGUCGGUUCUUUCUGCAGAGCAAAGAUUUUCUGUAUAGAUGUGGCUGCGGCAUACACUUUUAUGCAGUACACGUGUAAUUUAAAAAUGUCACCGAAUUCUGCUCACCUAGAGAUAGGGCAGAGCGACCCAAAGUAGCAAAACCACAGGGUUUCUUGAUUUUGAGCUUAGAAAGAGGGGAGGCAGUGCAAGGUGGAUAAGAAAAGGAGGAAAGGAGGGAAAGGAGAAAAAGGCGCCAGCCUAUAUCCGUUCACAGGAAGUCUCUAUAUGAAUUUCUGGUGAUAAAAUACGAAGCCGUGAUGGAAGCUUGUCAUUCCUGAAAUUUUGUCUUCCUCUUACAAUUCUUUGUUUUUUGCUUUCUUUUAUUGAGAAAUAAAAGCUUGCGGAUGUUUUCAUUAGCUUCA